GUUCAUUUGAUAAAUGGUUCAUAUCGGAACACAACUAGAAAGAUUUAACUACGUGGUAUCGUUCGUUCAAGCAUUCUAUAUCGAUUAUUGAUAGGACAAAAUCACUCUGACACAUUGCCUCACCAAUGCAGGUAUGAUAGUAUGAUACCACCGACAGAUCAAACAAGGGGACAGUUUUAUCAGCACCUGAACUCUUACAAGUAUGGAUGGAGAGCAACCGUCUGAAGAUGCUUUCUGAUACCUUUAAGUUGUUAGUAAACCAUCAACAGAUUUGUUUAAAGAAGAAUUUGAAGGUCGAUAAUGCAUCAAAAUGUUUGUAAGACAAUAGUGCAGGGGAAAUCUAUAUAGCUAUGAGCGUUCGUUUCAUCAACAUCUAUAAAACAAAACAUAACUGGAAUAAAAUUCAUUUAGGUUAGGAUUUAUCUAUUUUGUUUCCAGUCUUUUCAAAAAGUAAGAUUUGUACACACGUGAACAAUAGGCAGCAUGUCCAUGGUAACCGUUUAAAGAUUUCGCGCUAAAACAGUAAUAAACACCAGUAUGGCAGCAAAUCCUGUUAGACCAGUUCCAAUUCCUACAAUAGGACUUGGACAGUCCUAUAACUUUCAUGAAAAUAAUGUUCCGGAAGUUGUCAAACCACUUGUCAACGUGAUUCAAGAUGGACGACCGGAAAAAGUAAGCGUAAUUAUUUCUGAAAUAAAGUCCAAAAAGAAAGAGAGGGAUCUUCAAAACAUGUCUUCUGAAUAUGAAACGAUUUUACACAGAGCAGUGAAAAUGAGAGCUAACAAGGACAUUAUUUCUGCUUUACUCACUGCUUGUCCUGAUCUUCUCACUGAAGCUAGAAGCGAUUCGGAACUGUAUAGAGGCCAAACUGCACUCCACAUUGCUAUUACAGGAGAAGAUAUUGAAGUAACUGAUGCAUUAUUACGGAAAGGAAAGGAACUAGGUGUGCUAGAUAAUAUUCUUACAGCUUGCGCAACGGGUUCAAGAUUUGAAAAUACUGUAAUGCUUGGUGAAAUCCCGCUGAUAGUUGCAGCUCUGACAUUAAAUGUGAAAUUAUUGGAUAAGCUUGUCGAAUAUGGCGCCAAAAUAGAUGCACAGAAUUCUAGGGGAGAUAAUGUGUGUCAUUGCUUAAUUCGCUAUGCACAUUUAUAUCCGGAAAAGAUUAGUGAUAUAAUGACCAUGGUAGAACGGCUAUCAGGUGUCAAAGCAGAAUCCAAGACAGACAAAUCAGGAGAACAUUCAAAAACAGAAAAAAUGAAGAAUUUAUCGGAAGCAGAUGCGUGUCAGAGUAGUCAUAUAUGGUUAAUGCCAAACAAGGAUGGACUAAAUCCACUUAAACUAGCUGCCAAACUCGGACAACAAUCAAUAUUUAAGUUUAUUAUGGAAAUGAAAGGCGUUUACUCUUAUGUCAAUUCCGAAGAUGGACUGUUCGAUGUGGAACUCUAUGACGUAACAGACAUUGAUGCAACUUCGGAGUUUAAGCUGCUAGAUAUUAUCCCGUGGGUAGAUUCAGAAGAAUGGGAAGCAAAUGAUUCACCAAACGAACCACAUGAACAUUUACAUCCAAGCUCGUUUAAGGUUCCGACUCUGGAGAUGAUAUUCGACAGUGAUUCUUCUACAGUAUUUAGAUUCAUUGAGAUGUCACCACUGCGGUAUGUCAUCAACAGAAAAUGGGAAUUUUACAGGAUAUUUUUUGCGGUAUGGGGUAUUUUGCACAUAUUGUUCAUGAUUGGGUACACCGUGUACGCAGUGCGGCGCUCAUCUGUCGCCAACAACACAAAUGAUACCAACAGGACAGUCUAUACGAUUGGUGACGAUGCAUAUGUUACAUUUUACGCAGUAUUUAGUCUCGUUUUUGCAUUUUUAUACCUUUUACAAGAGGUAAUAAGAAUGGUCAAGGGUCGUAUGCCGUGGACUUUUUCACACGUUAUGAACUGUUAUCAUAAUGGACCAUUUCGUCUAGUUCUGGCAUUAUUCGCUAUUAUAGUAUUAGCGGACUUUAUAUGGCGACUGGCAGACAACCGUUACGGAGACUAUCUUCUCGUCUGCUCCAUGAUUCUUGGCUGGUGGUUCCUCGUGUUCUUCCUUAGAGGCUUCAGGCAAUUCAGUUUCUUUACUGUCAUGAUACAGAAAGUAUUAGUGGGCGAUAUGUUUAGGUUCUCAAUCGUUAUUGGAAUGGAACUUAUCGCUUUCACCACCGGCAUGUACAUAACAUUUAGAGGUUCUCCAAAACUAGCUGGUGAUUUACCAGAAAAUGAAAACGUACAUGAAUACAGUAAGCUUAUGAUAGCUAUGUUCAAAAUGAUGUUCGGAUUUACAUCCUUAGAUGUUUUGUUCGAUGCACCAGCACCUUGGUUUGCCGUCUGUAUUUAUGUUGCAUUUGUUCUUCUGACUUACGUACUAAUGAUAAACUCUCUGAUUGCCAUGAUGUCAAACACUUGUAGCUUUGUGUCUCAGAAUCGUGAUAUACAGUACAGAGUUCAACAGUUAUCAAUCAUCCUCUUCUUUGAGAGUAUUCUCCCUGUAUGUUGCCUGCGCAUGGUCGGUCAGCCUCGUGUGUGUGACUGGUAUGACUGGAAUACAAAGCAAAUGGUUAAGAAAAGUCGAUCUUUUAUGGAAGUAAGAUCAUUGCAUGAAGUGACUAAGAGCAGGUCACGGCACCGUCCUAACACAGAGACUAUGUUAGAGACAAUAUUCCACACCAUAAAGAAUAUCCAGCUUCCAAAAAUCGGUGUCUUUGAGGAUGAAAAUUCAGAGGACGAAACAGCGAAUGUACAUAGCCCUGUCGAAGUUCGAAGAAGCAAUUUAGAGAACACACCAGACACUGAAGAUCUUGAUAUACAUUCAAGACGAAGACACAAGAAGAAGAAAAAGAAGAAGGCAAGACAUGGCGAUUUAUCAAGGGAUACUAUCAAUGCUGUAAGCACCGUUAACACGAUAGAAGAAAGAAACGACAGUAACCUCGAUCUUAGGAAUCCUCGUCGGCUUCCAUCAGUUGAAGAUAUUUAAUUUAAAAAUCUCACCACUAUAGUACUUAGAAGGUCGAUUAGUACGACAGACAGAAAAAUAUUAUGUCGGUUUUAAUAUAUCACAUUGUUGAUCAUUGCCCCAAAGUUGUGUCAGCAGGAAAGUCAAAUUUAUCAGAACUGUCAGUAUUAGCAAUUUACCAUUUUAAAGAGAAGUCGUUUUUUGUUAGGUAUUCGGUUUAAUGUCUUUCACAUCUGUACUCUUUCUGAAUAUACUCUCACGUGUUUAUGGGGAAUGUCCCAAGGUACAUAUGAAAUAUGCGCAAAGAUUGCAUAAAUGUUUCAUAUCCGUAUUUAUAUAUUAUUUCUGUUUGAGUGAAUCAUGGACCUGUUAUCAUGUCUUCGUGCACAGUGAUAAAUAUACUUCACAGUGUUAACUAUACAUUGUUCUGUUAUUUUAAAGUAUUAUUUCUUUUUAUUUUUUCAUAAAGAUCAUCCUA